GGGCGGAGCGCCGCUCAGCCCAGCGGAAUGGCUGGGGCGGCCACGGCGCUGGCACUGGGCGGGGGGCUUCUCUUGGCCGCCUGGCGUUGGCUGUGGCGCGCGGCCCGGCCCGGGGCCAUCGCCGGGGCCUCCAUGCGGGGCAAGACAGUGAUCAUCACGGGGGCCAACAGCGGGCUGGGUCGGGCGGCGGCGGCCGAGCUGCUGCGGAUGCAGGCCCGCGUCAUCAUGGGUUGCCGCGACCGGGCGCGGGCCGAGCGGGCGGCCCGUGAGAUCCGGGCCGAGGUGGGCGAGCGGGCGGAGGGCGAGGACGGCGGUGAGCUGGUGGUCCGGGAGCUGGACCUGGCCUCGCUCCGAUCCGUUCGCGCCUUCUGCCAUCGCGUCCUUCAGGAAGAGCCAAGGCUGGAUGUUCUGAUAAAUAAUGCAGGGGUAUUCCAGUGUCCAUACAUGAAGACAGAGGAUGGUUUUGAGAUGCAGUUUGGUGUAAACCACUUGGGUCACUUCUUGCUCACCAACCUUCUUCUGGGCCUACUUAAAAAUUCUGCUCCAAGCAGGAUCGUGGUAGUAUCCUCAAAGCUUUAUAAGUAUGGAGAGAUCAACUUUGAAGACUUGAACAGUGAAAUAAGUUACAAUAAAAGCUUUUGUUACAGUCGGAGUAAACUGGCAAACAUAUUAUUUGCAAGGGAGCUGGCCCGUCGGUUAGAAGGGACAGGAGUCACCGUCAAUUCACUUCAUCCUGGGAUUGUCAGAACAAAUCUAGGCAGAUACGUGAACAUUCCUUUGCUGGCAAAACCCCUAUUCAACUUGGUGUCAUGGGCUUUCUUCAAAACACCUCUGGAAGGAGCCCAGACCUCUAUUUAUUUGGCCUCUUCUCCUGAUGUCGAAGGAGUCUCAGGAAAAUAUUUUGGGGACUGCAAAGAGGAGGAACUCCUGCCCAAAGCCAUGGAUGAUUUGGUUGCAAGAAAGUUGUGGGAUAUCAGUGAAGUGAUGGUUGGCUUAUUGAAAUAAGUGCAGGGGGGGAUAUCUGCAAAAUACAAUGCAGAUAACUAUGCAACAUGCAUUUACAGUAGUGUAAGUUCUCACUUUAAAUGCUGUGGGAAUACAGAUUUUUUUU